GUUAAUUUCCUCGUUUAUGCAUAUAAAUAUCCGUAUUUUCUAGUUUAUAAAUCAGAUUUAAUUUUGAUUCGAUACAAGAAAUAACAAUGAUUCCACUUCAACUGUACAUUGCUGUCAUAGCUGUGACGCUUGCAACUGCUCUCCCUAAUCCGAUGAGUAAGAAAUUUCAGCUCUGUCAGAAAUACGACUUGUUGUAUAGACAAUGUCUACCACCACAGGAAUGGAUAUGUGAUAAGAGUAAGGUCCCAGAAAACUACGUUAGAUAUAACAUCCGUCAAGCAAUGACAGACUCAGAUGGAAGUUUUGUGAAUUACUUAAAACACAGCAAAGAAUGCGAUGGUGUCUCAAAACACAUAUUCUCUAAACAAAAUGCAGUAGAGGAUGUCAGAGGAACUGGAAUGACGAAAAUGGCAAAGAUCCAUAAAUUUCCUAUGUGCAGAGAAGUGCGCACACCUGUGACCCAUAUUUAUAGAUCCAUCAACCAAAUAAUGACUGGUAAAAAACUGGGGGAUGAAAUUUGUGAAGUCGUUUUAAGCGAACAAGGAGUCCAAACAAUUUAUAAAGUGGAGUGUAUAGGCCAUAAGAGAACAACAAAAUGUAGAUUCCAUUAUGCCCCACAAAAGGAUUAUUACUGCCGACCAACCAAUUACGUCACCAGAACCAUGGCAGUGUUAUGCCCUAGUGACAAUGGAAGAAUAACUCUCCAUGCCGAGAAGAUCCCAACAGCAUGUAGUUGUGUAAAGGUUGGAUGUGACGAUACAUUCACAACAAAAAGAAUUCUAUAAAGUGAAAGAACAUUAUUGAGUCACUUACAAGGGCAUGUGCAAUAUAUUUCAUCCUAAUCAUUUAUGUGUAUUGUCUUUUAUGUUUAUGUCUACUAACAAACCAUAACAAUAGUAUUUAAUAAAAAUAGCUUUAAA